CCAGUCAUCUGUGUCUUUCCCACCCCUCCUUUCCCCACUUUUAAUGGAUCCAUAUAUUCUCAAGUCAGGCUGUUGUUUCUGAUCACCAGUGCUUGUCUGCUUAUUAAUUUUCUGUUUGUUUGGAUGUAUGUCCUUGUCUGAUGGCAUGUGUGUUUUUCUCCGUCUCACUGUUUCCUGUCAUUGAUGUGUUUUAAUGUCCUUCACUUUGUCUCUCCUACUUUCUCCCCUUCAUAACUUAUAUUUGGGUUUCUCAGAGAUAGUUUUGUUUAUGUUUUGCUGUAUAUGCAGAAAUCUGGAAUGUACCAGAACCACACCAAAGACACCAAUAACAACUGUAACAAAAGACUUCUCUGUGAUCACAAGGAAAAGCUUAUCCAAGCUAUUAAAAGAAUCAAGCAUGAGGUAGAUGAAUGCAAAGAAGCAGAAAGAGAUACGUACAUAGACUCGGUGGAAGUAGAGAACAGUUUUGAUGAGCUGGAACGAGAAAUCAGAGCCGAGUUUCAGAACCUCCACCGCUUCCUGGAUGAGGAGGAGUGUAAGGACCUGGAGCGACUGAGGAGGGAAAAACAGAAACAAAUGAAGUUGCUGAAGGAGAGGGAAAAGAAGAUAGCAGCUCAAGCAAGAGACCUCGAGAAUGCGAUCACUGUGCUCAACAGCAAACUAACUGAAGAGGACAGCCCCAAGCUGCUCAAAGAGAUUCAAGAGCUCAUAAAAAGGUCUCAGGUCAGCGUUGUUCUUCCAGCAGAGGUGGACACAGAAGUUCGUUCUGGACAGUUUGUGGGUCCCAUUCAAUACAGGAUAUGGAAGCACAUGAAAAGCUGCCUCUACCCAAAUAUCACAUCAGUCACCUUUGACCCUGAAACGGCCCACCCUAACCUGUCCUUGUCCCAGUCCUGCAAUGCAGUUUGGUUUGAUGAGGACAAAGACACUUCCGACAUCCAGGCCAACCCACGUCGGUUCCACUAUUAUUACUGUGUACUGGGCCACCGGUGCUUUACCACCGGCCGACACUACUGGGAAGUGGAGGUGGGCAACAAGACAGCAUGGAGGCUGGGUGUAGCCAGAGAAGAUGUUUCCAGAGGUGAGAUGGAUGCUACAGGCACAUCCAGCGGCCUCUGGACACUGGCUCUGAAGGGCGGAUCUAUCUUUGCCUGCACUGACCCAAGGCCUACUAAAGUCACUGUGUCCCUCCGCCUUUUCCGCAUCGGUGUGUUCUUAGACUGUGAGAAGGAGGAGGUGGCUUUCUAUAAUGCUGUUACCAUGGCACCUAUUUACACGUUCUCCAUGGGAACUAUCAUGGUUCCCCUGUUCCCCUUUUAUAACCCAUGUGACGCAGAUGAAGGAAAGAACACUGCACCACUUAAGAUAUUUAUACCUUCACUAUAAAAAGCAGUUCAGACCAGCUUGAACACAAGUGGUACAAAUAAAGAACAAAUUUCUUAUGAAAAUUGUAUUUUUCAAUCACAAUGCCAAACAUUUUGGGAUUCUGACUGCUGAUCUGAAAAAAGCAGGAUAUUAAAAUAUAUCACUGUAGAUGUUAGUAACCUUUUGUUGGCAUUUCACAAACAAAUCACUUUAGAAAAUAAGCAGCAGACUUAUGUUAGUUGCAACCCUUUAUACUGUAUGUGCUCCCAGCCUGCUGAAAAGGGGUUGUAAAGUUCAUCACUUUUUUGAAAGACAAUACAAGUUGCUGCUUUAUCAUAAAUUAUUUCCUGCUUUCAAUAAAC